AUUUAGAUUUAGAAAAGAUUUUUUACCUCCUCAACUUGUAACUCGUUUUAAAUAAAAAAAUAUUUGUGGGGCUCUGCUUUGGACUCUGGCUGUAGUUUUUAUGCUAGAUUCAAUAGUCAUGCGUAGCUUGGAAAGUUGAAACAACUGGAAGCCAUCCAUCAAAGGUGUAACAUCGCUAGCACUGAAAAGAAUUGCACUUUUCUACUUCUAUUCCAACAACAAUUAAGCUGGGAUAUGGACAAUAAUGCAAGCAACUCAAAAACAACAACAACCGAUUUAGCAAACACAUCAUCGCAAGCGUUAUCAUCGACAAUUUCCCAACAACAGCAAAAGCAACAAUUAUCAAUAACAACAGGAACUGGCAGUAAUUCAUCAUUUUGGAAGAAUAGCAAUCGCAUAGUACCCGGUCGCCCUAGCCCUAAAAGAGACUCAAAUCAAGCUGCAACUGGGGCAGUUUUAGUGGCUGGUCAGAGUGGCGGUAUGAUGGCGACUUUUCGCGACUAUCAAAAGUCAGUGAGUGAUGCUUGGGACACGGGAGAUGAUGAAUUUUGCAUAAUAUCGAAUGCCACGCAACAACAAUUGCAGCAGCAGUAUAACAGCAGGGGGGCUGCUGCAACGGAGGAUGCCACUCCAGUUGUACACAAAUCAGAUCCCAGAAUAUCUAGGCAUGUUUCACAAACAUUGGCUCAAAAUGUUAUUGAAAUUCACAAGACAUCAACCAUGGCAAACAGUAGCAGCGGCGGCGUUGGCUUGGUGGCGGUAGGCUCGGGUCACAUAAAUAUGUGUAAUAACAAUGCUGGCAGUGACAACACAAACUCAAUGGAUGCAAAUGCGAGAACAUUGGAAAACUCAUCAACGAAAUCAUUGCAAAAAGAUAUUAAAGUCGAAACCGAAGAAAUCAGACCGCGCAUACGCCAUAUUCAAGCAUUACCAGGACGACCCCAGUUACAAAAAUUUACCUCCAACACUCAAGACUCGGAAUACGAGACCAAAAUAGAAAAGUUCCAAGUUUUAUUGGAUUCGCCGCUAUUGGAUUUAGUAGCUUUAAAGAAACUGAGUUGGUCUGGGAUUCCUAGAAAGAUGCGUGCCAUUAGCUGGCGUUUAUUAUCGAAAUAUUUGCCGCCAUCUGGUGAAAGACGUAAUGGAGUAUUGGAAAGUAAACGUCAGAAUUAUCAAGACUUAAGACAAAAUUACUUUAGAGUUGAUAGUCCAGAUGAAUCACAACAGGAUACAUAUAGACAGAUCCAUAUUGAUGUGCCACGUAUGAAUCCACAAAUCUCGCUCUUCCAACAAAAGCUGGUGCAAGAAAUGUUUGAACGUAUUUUGUUUAUAUGGUCCAUACGACAUCCUGCUUCGGGCUAUGUUCAAGGGAUUAAUGAUUUAGUAACGCCAUUUUUUAUUGUAUUUUUACAAGAAAAUUUACCACCAGGUACUGACAUAGAAAAAUUCGAUAUGGGUUCGUUGUCAGAAGAAAUUCGUGAUGCCAUUGAAGCCGAUGCAUUUUGGUGUUUAUCCAAAUUUCUCGAUUGCAUACAGGAUAAUUAUAUAUUUGCUCAAUUGGGUAUACAGGAGAAGGUUAAUCAAUUAAAGGAUUUAAUUCAAAGAAUAGAUGGCAAUCUUCAUCGUCAUUUACAACAACACGGUGUAGACUAUUUACAAUUUUCAUUUCGUUGGAUGAAUAACUUAUUAACUCGCGAAUUGCCUCUGCAUUGCACAAUACGUCUAUGGGACACCUACUUGGCCGAAUCAGAUGGUUUUGCCUUAUUUCACCUAUACGUUUGUGCAGCCUUUUUGUUACAUUGGAAGGAACAAUUAAUGCAACAAAUAGAUUUUCAGGGACUUUUGCUAUUGCUACAAAAUCUGCCUACUCACAAUUGGUCUGAUCGUCAAAUUAAUGUCUUAGUUGCCGAAGCAUUUCGUCUCAAAUUCACCUACGCUGAUGCGCCAAAACAUUUGGAAGCCAAAAGUUGACAUCAUCGCCAAUACAUGUAUGUGUCAUCGUAGAAACUAAAGAGAAACCGAAUUAGGCAGAAGUAAGUCUCCGUACGGAGGGCAAAGCAGGCAAAGCAAAGCAUUAUUGGAAAUCCAAAUUAUUAGUACUACUCUACCCAACAUACAUUUUAGAUGAAGAAAUGCCGAGAUGGAAGAUGUAACACAAAACAACAACAACUACAAAAAUUAUUAAAUAUGAUAGACAUAGAAUGAGAAAAGCUUAAAGCAUUAGUUAAUACAAAAAACGUAGCGUGUCAAAUGAAUACAAAAAAAAAAAGCAAAAAAGGGGGCAAGCAAAACAAUGAGGCGAUCGCCAUCUAUGUCGCCAUACAUUUAAGUUUUGUUUUUGUUUUUUUUUUGUUUGCUUGCCCUUAUAUAACACUAGAGAGUAGAGUCGUAAUAAAAAUGUAAGUUUUCUCCCCAUAUUGUUUUACUUGUAUUUGUUUUAUUCUUCAUAUUUGUUUUUUUUUUUGUUAUUAAAAACAGAAUUUAUGUCAAAUGCAUCUUGGACGCAAUCUAUAGAAUUAUAUAAAUAUCCCAUACUACAAUCUAAUAUGUAUCGCUAUUUUAUUAUUAGAAAUUAAACAAAAAAAAAAAGCAUUCGAAAGAUAAGUUACAAAGAAACACACAAAGAAAACAAAUCUAUAACACACAAUACACUUUGUAUAUAGCAGAUAUAUUAUUAUUACUAUUAUUAUAUAAAAACAAC